AUGUCGAAAAUGGUGGAUGAGUUCUCCGACGAGGAGGAGGAGGAUCGCGAGAAUCUUAUACCCGAAAACGCCAGACCAAACGACGCCGUCAAGUCUCCCAACUGCCACCUCCGCUCGGCGUUCCACAUCGACGACGAUUUGGGGAGUCGGAUUUCCGCCGUCGCUCGCAAGCUUAACAAGAGGUACCUUCUCGCGAUUUUUCUGCCUUUGGUGAUUUUGAUGCUCUAUUUCACCACCGAUUUGAGAAAUUUGUUCCAAAUGGGUAUUCCGGCGAUUAAGGACGUUGGCGGUGGCAACCCUUUUGUCAAUAGAAUGCGUGAAUCGGAAUUGCGGGCUCUGUAUUUGCUUAAGCAGCAGGAAUUUGAGCUUCUUAAGAUGUGGAAUUAUACCACAUUGGUGACUAAGUCGAACUUUAGCUCGGUGGAUUCGAAUCCGACUUCGGAAGAUUUGAAAUCGCUUGUUUUUAGCCAAAUUUCAUUGAACAAGAAAAUUCAAGGGAUUUUACUGUCAUCUCAUGAGAGUAAGGGUGCUCUGGGUUUCACUGAAAAUUACACCGAUGCGAGUUUCUCUAGUUGGAAUAGGUGCCCGAAGGUCGAUCAGAGGUUGUCAGAUAGGAAAACGAUUGAAUGGAAACCGAAGCAGAACAGAUAUCUGUUUGCCAUUUGUGUUUCUGGGCAGAUGUCGAACCAUUUGAUUUGUCUCGAAAAGCAUAUGUUCUUUGCGGCCUUGCUUGAUAGAAUCUUGGUGAUCCCUAGUUCGAAGGUAGAUUAUGAUUUUCAUCGUGUUUUGGACAUUGAUCACAUCAAUAAGUGUUUGGGGAGGAAAGUUGUGGUGACUUUUGAGGAAUUUGCUGAAAGUAAGAAGCACCAUUUGCAUAUCGACAAGUUUAUGUGCUUUUUCUCUUCUCCUCAGCCAUGUUUUAUGGACGAUGAGCGCGUGAAGAAGUUGAAAGGUCUGGGGAUCUCUUUGAGUAAGAUUGAAGCUGUUUGGAAAGAGGAUGUUAAGAAUCCGAAACAUAGGACGGUCGAGGAUGUUUCGGCAAAAUUCUCUUCGGAUGUUGAUGUAGUUGCAAUCGGAGAUGUGUUUUUUGCAGAUGUAGAGAGAGAAUGGGUUAUGCAGCCUGGGGGACCGAUUGCCCACAAAUGCAAGACUUUGAUUGAGCCGAGUCGGCUGAUUUUGCUAACUGCUCAACGCUUUAUUCAGACGUUUUUGGGGAAGGACUUUGUAGCUCUUCAUUUUCGUCGCCAUGGUUUUCUGAAAUUCUGCAAUGUUAAGCACCCGAGCUGCUUUUACCCUGUUCCUCAAGCUGCAGAGUGCAUCAAUCGGGUAGUUGAAAGGGCAAAUACGCCAGUGAUAUAUCUCUCUACAGAUGCUGCAGCAAGUGAAACUGGUUUGCUGCAAUCCCUUGUUGUCUUGAAUGGAAAGUCAGUGCCGCUUGUACAAAGACCUGCUCGUAAUUCAGCUGAAAAGUGGGAUGCUUUGCUAUACAGACAUGGGCUCGAGGGAGACUCACAGGUCGAGGCGAUGCUGGAUAAGACUAUAUGCGCCUUGUCAUCUGUGUUUAUCGGGGCCUCUGGCUCGACUUUCACAGAGGAUAUCUUGCGGUUGCGUAAGGACUGGGGAUCGGCAUCUCUAUGCGACAAUUACUUGUGCCAAGGAGAAAUCCCGAAUUUUAUUGCGGAAAAUGAGUAA